GCGCCAUUGGUCGCGGCUGCUGCCAUCCGGAAGUAGUUGCAGCGGUCAGUCCCGCCCUCUUUCUCUUUCUCUGAGCAGGUGGCGGCGGCGGCAGCAGCAUCUGCAGCGAUGGCCAAGAUCAAGGCUCGGGACCUUCGCGGCAAGAAGAAGGAGGAGCUGCUGAAACAGUUGGACGACCUGAAGGUGGAGCUGUCCCAGCUGCGCGUCGCCAAGGUGACAGGCGGCGCGGCGUCCAAGCUCUCCAAGAUCCGAGUUGUCCGGAAAUCCAUUGCCCGUGUUCUUACCGUCAUUAACCAGACUCAGAAAGAGAACCUCAGGAAGUUCUACAAGGGCAAGAAGUACAAGCCCCUAGAUCUGCGGCCCAAGAAAACACGUGCCAUGCGCCGUAGGCUUAACAAGCACGAGGAGAACCUGAAGACCAAAAAACAGCAGCGGAAGGAGCGGCUGUACCCACUCAGAAAGUAUGCAGUCAAGGCAUGAGAAUGAUGGUGUUAAUAAAACACAAACUGACUGA